UCAAGAAUGUUAAGGUUUUCUUCUCUUCCUUCCUUUCACAAGUUUCCUUCUUUUCUUCCAAUCCUCACUUCUCCAUGUUGCUCUCAGUUUCACUCCCAAACCUCGUUACACGACGAAGCCAUUUCACAAUUCAAUGGCUUGCUUCGUAUGCGUAACGUUCCUCCCAUCUUCGAAUUUGGAAAGAUUUUGGGAUUCCUUGUGAAGAUGAAGCACUAUCCUACUGCUAUUUCUCUCAUUAAGCAAAUGGAACUUAAGGGAAUUCGCCCUGACCUUGUUAUUCUCACCAUAUGCAUCAAUUGUUUCUGUCACUUAGACCAAUUGGCCUCAGCAUUUUCUGUUUUUGCCAUGAUUCUCAGACGGGGUUAUCACCCAGAUGUCAUAACACUAACUACACUCUUGAGAGGUUUCUGUGAUAAGGGUGAGAUCAUGAAAGCACUCGACUUUCUCGAUAAAGUAGUAGCACUAGGAUUUCAGCUCGAAUACGGGACACUGAUCAAUGGACUGUGCAAGAUAGGAAAAACUAAAGUUGCCAUCGAAUUACUCAGAAGGAUUGAAGGUCGAUCAACAGUAAUGUACACUAUAAUUAUUGAUGGCCUAUUCAAAGAUAAACAUUCAAAAGAAGCUUAUGAUAUGUAUUGUGAAAUGGUUGUCAAGGAAAUUUCUCGUAAUGUUGUUACCUAUAAUACUUUAGUUUAUGGCUUUUGCUAUCUGAAUCAGUUAGAACAAGCUUUUGGUUUCAUAAAUGAAAUGCUAUCAAAUAGCAUCAAGCCAAAUGUUUAUACCUAUAAUAUAUUGAUGGAUGCAUUAUGUAAGCAAGGAAAGCUAAGAGAAGCCAAAAAUGUGUUGGGUGUGAUGAUGAAAGCUUAUGUGAAACCUGAUGAUUUUAGCUUUAAUGCUUUAAUGGAGGGAUAUUGCUUAAUUAACGAAGUGAAGAUUGCUAAACAAGUAUUCAAUGCAAUGACCCAGAUAGGAGUGACUCCUACGGUAUCCAGUUACAAUAUCAUGAUAAAUGGACUCAUAAGGAACGAUAGGUUGGAUGAGGCCAUAAAACUCAGUCAGGAAAUGCUAACAAAUAGCAUCAAGCCAGAUGUUUAUACUUAUAAUAUAUUGAUGGAUGCAUUAUGUAAGCAAGGAAAGCUAAGAGAAGCCAAGAAUGUGUUGGGUGUGAUGGUGAAAGCUUGUGUGAAACCUGAUGAUUUUAGCUUUAAUAGUUUAAUGGAGGGGUAUUGCUUGAUUAAUGAAGUGAAGAUGGCUAAACAAUUAUUCAACGUAAUGACCCAGAUAGGAGUGAGUCCUACUGUAUACAACUACAAUACCAUGAUAAAUGGACUCAUAAAGAACGAUAGGUUGGACGAGGCCAACAAACUCUUUCAGGAAAUGCAGAAAAGGGAUGUGGUUCCUGAUACAGUAACUUACAAUAUUCUUAUUGAUGGUUUUUGCAAAUCUGGGAGAAUAUCUUAUGUUUGGGAUCUUAUUGACCGGAUGCAUGAUAGAAAUCAACAACCAAACACAAUCACUUACAAUUGUUUGUUAGAUGCUAUAUGCAAAAACUAUGAUGUAGACAAGGCAUUUGAAUUAUUCAAAACAAUGAUCGGAAAAGGAAUUCAGCCGAAAAUGUAUACAUGGAACAUACUUAUUAAUGGAAUGUGCAGAGGGGGAAGACUUGAGAAGGCACAAGAGAUCUUUCAGGAUCUUUUAAUUAAAGGCUACCCUUUAGAUGUAUGUAGUUAUACUACUAUGAUCUGUGGUCUUUGUAACAAGGGUUUGCUUGAUGAGGCGCUGAACUUAUGGUCCAAAAUGGAAGACAGUGGUUGCAUGCCUAAUGCAGUAACUUUUGAAAUGAUGAUUAGGGCUCUCUUUGAAAAGGACGAGACUGAUAAGGCAGAGGCAUUUCUUCGUGAAAUGAUCUCUAGAGACUUGAUAAAAGGUGAAAUCCUAUUUAUUACGGGAGUUUUACCUUUGUGCAACUUAUUUUUUACAUGCUGCAUACUGUGGAGUUGAUAAUUUUUUAUUUUUUUAUUUUGUACCCUGCAUUUUGAUUGCUAUAGAACUUCUUUUUUCUUUG